CCUGCACAAUCUCUGUAUUCACACACAACCACACACAUACACACGCCUUGAUCCGCAUGCACUGCAUGGCUCUCUCGACCACUCAGUGACACAGAGACGAACGUCUUAACGAGUCCGCAAAAAUCAGCCUUCACAGCUCAACACUAUGAGUGCAGUGCAGUGCUCAUGGUUAGCAGCAUCGGAUUAUCAUACACACAGAGAUACAUACACACAUACACAGCAGUGUCCCCGCCUUCCCUCAUUCAUUGGGCAGCCAGUCAGGGAUCCUCCCACAGUCGUUGUGCAGCUCCGUCUUGACGCCCCAUCUGAUGGUCUGACCAGCCCCCCACGGCUGGUAAAACGGAAAGCCGCGGUGCUUAGGGUAAAGUGUCCCAUCCUGCGGCUUCCCCUUCGCGAAGUGUCCCUCGAAUACCACCCCAGUCCAUUAAGAAAUGCACGAGUAGACCUUACCCUGCUGCCACUGCCCACUCUCCCACUGCCCCUCGUACUUCUUCUUGCCGUUGUCGUAAUACGAGGUGCCCGUGCCGUGUUUGUGUCCGCACAGCCACUCUCCCUCGUACGCCUCGUGCCCAUUGUGAUGAUAGCUGGUGCCCUGGCCUUCUGGUUUGCCAUUGCGCAGCGGGCCUGUGUAGGUGGUGCCAUCCUCCAAGGGCAUCUUGUCGGCUCUCCCCUUGCCCACCAUCUGGCCAUGCUCCCACCGGCGAUUGCAGCAGCCGCCGUUCGGCCAGUGUGCCGUCCCGCUGCCGUGAGCGAUGCCGUUGAGCAGAGGGCCUUCAUAGUGGUACCCCUCCCACGGCAGCCGAUGAGCCGUGCCCUCUCCGACCAUCUCGCCGGCAGACCACUGCCCCUCGCAGGCCGUGGAGCCAUCUGAGCUCUUCAGGAGUAUGCCGCGGCCGUGGGGUAUGCCGUUGAGCAGAGGGCCAGUGUAGGUGGUGCGUCGAUCACCAGAGGGCAUCUUGUCCGCUGUCCCCUCGCCGACCAUCUGCCCAUGCUGCCAUGUGCCUGUGGACGUGCCGCCGUUCGGCCAUCGCGCUGUCCCCUGGCCGUGUGGCUUUCCAUUGUGCAGAGGGCCGGUGUAAGUCUUGCCGUCCCCUAGAGGGAUCUUGUCGGCGGUCCCUUCGCCGACCAUCUGCCCCCCCCGCCAUCCACCCCGGUAGAGCUGAGAGCCCCUCGAGUCGUACUGGGUGCCGUGGCCGUCAUACAUGCCACUCACCCAAUGCCCCUGAUACUCCACAUGGCCAUUGGCGCGGUAGCUGACGCCCUGACCAUAGUAUUUCCCGUCCCUCCACUGGCCCUCGUACUUCUUGUUGCCAUUAUCGUGAUACGAGGUCCCUUCGCCGUGCAUCUUUCCAUUCUUCCACUGCCCCUCGCACUCCAUCCUGCCAUUGGCGCGGUAGCUGGUGCCGUGGCCGUGCAUCCUGCCGUCUGCCCAUUGUCCCUCUUUCUCCUUGGUGCCAUUCUGAUCGUAGCUG